CCCCCCUUUUUUUUUGAACCGGAAUAAGUGAAUAUUCGACUUAUUUGGGGCCGCAGCGACCAUAACCCCUGGUUUCAUCCUAUAGUUAAAGUAGAGAAGAAUUAUGGACUCGGACAAUAUCGACUUUGGCGAGUCGCCUUUAUCAGGAACUAAUGCUGGCACCCCGAUAACCAAUAUUCCGUUGGGUCAGCCUCAUCUCGUCACUGAAGCGGGAACUCCUUUGGGGCUAACACCAGGACAACCUAUGGAGGAUGAUGAGCAGAGCACUGGACACAACCCGAUUCACUCCCUUCAACUUCCCACAAAUUCAUCUGACCGACAGCGAAAAGCUUCUCCGGGAAUUUCGACCGCUGGGUCGCCUGCAACCGCGAAUGCGCAGCAACUGAAUAUCGCACCUGAGGAUGGUGACUCCAUCAUGCAAGGUGCUGGUGAUUCCCCUCAAAAAAGUGAUGCCCCAGGGUCCCCUGGGAAGAAUGGCGACAGCGCGCGGACGGAGGGAGGGCAAGCAUCGGGAGCGCCAGCCUCACCUGGAACGGAGAAGAAGAAGCUGGAGGAGACUGCGAGGGGAUAUCUCGUUGAGCAGACCCACACUGUGGUUAUGCCUUCUUAUUCAACAUGGUUUGACAUGAAUGUUGUCAAGGAUAUUGAGCGCAAGUCUUUACCCGAGUUCUUCAACAAUAGAAAUAGAUCCAAGACGCAAUUGGUAUACAAGGACUAUCGCGAUUUCAUGGUCAACACUUAUCGUCUAAAUCCCUCCGAAUAUCUUACUGUGACAGCCUGCAGGAGAAACCUCGCAGGUGAUGUUUGCUCAAUAAUGCGCGUUCAUGCCUUUUUGGAACAAUGGGGAUUGAUAAAUUAUCAGGUUCGAUUAACUUUUUUCUUCUCUGAUCUAAUUUUUGCAGUGCUGAAUAUUUUAUUAGAUUGACCCGGAGACGCGUCCUUCGAAUAUUGGACCGCCUUUCACAGGCCAUUUCCGGAUUACCGCGGAUACUCCUCGAGGUCUCCAGCCUUUUCAACCCGCUCCUGGAGCUGUCACUACAGCCGGAAAACCCCACGCUCUAACUGAGCGCGCAGCAAGCGCCGGCCCUUCCAAGGCCGAAUUGAACUUGGAAAUCCGCAAGAACAUCUACGACGCUUCUGGCAAUAAGAUUAGCGGCUCAUCUCAAGCCAAUGGGCACUCCGUGGACUUGGAGGAUGGCGCGGACAAGAAGACCUAUAAUUGUUUUUCUUGCGGCAUCGAUUGCACCCGCAUCCGUUAUCAUUCCUCGAGGAGUUCUCGCAACCAGAAGCAGAUCGAGUUGUGCCCCAACUGCUUCCUAGAGGCCCGUUUCCCAUCUUCAUCUACCAACACUGAUUACGUGCGCAUGGAAGACCCCUCUUACUCAACAGUCGAAAGGGACGCGCCGUGGACAGACCAGGAAACAUACCAGCUACUCGAGGGGCUCGAGCUUUAUAACGAAGACUGGAACCAGGUUGCAGACCAUGUUGGCACCCGAACAAGAGAGCAAUGUGUAAUUCGCUUUCUCCAACUUCCAAUUGAGGACAACUACCUCGAAGAAAAGCCCGAGCAGUUGGGCCCUCUCCAAUACAACCGCACACCCUUUACCCAGGCUGAUAAUCCAGUGAUGAGUGUUGUAGCCUUCCUAGCCAGCAUCGUUGACCCCAAGGUUGCCGCAGCCGCAGCCAAAAGUUCCAUCGAAGAAAUGACUAAGAACCUCAGCCAGACGAUCGAGUCCGGUUCCAAAAAGCCCGACCAAAAGACCAAAGAAAAUGGACCUGAAAACUCUGCAACAUCAAAACCCGCCUCCCCGGAUGCUGCAACAAAUACCACUGCAACCCCACCAGUAAAAUCCGAAGGCCAAAUAGAGGAGAGUAUGGAUGUUGACGAACCCGAAGCCUCCUCCACCGCCGGUGGCGACCCCCUCUCACCUUCCGACGACGCCUCCACCUCCGAAAACCCCCUUGCGAAGGCCGGUACAAUCGCCCUCGCUGCGUCCGCCGCGCGCGCACACGCGCUCGCCUCCAAUGAAGAGCGCGAAAUGACCAAACUCGUCAAUGCAGUCGUGAACUGCAGCCUCCGCAAGCUAGAGCUCAAGCUCACGCAGUUCAACGAGCUUGAGCAAGUCCUGCAGGCGGAGCGUCGGGAGAUUGAGAAGGGGAGACAGCAACUAUUCCUAGAUAGGCUGGCCAUGAAGAAGCAGUGUUUGCAGGUGCAGGAGCAGUUACAGCGUGCGAUAUCUGUCGGUGGACCGGAGGGCUUCCAGAUCGCGGUACAGGCCGGACAGGUUGGCGGGCAGGGUCCCAGGCUAGCUUUCGAACAGCCCACGACGUCAAUGACAGCGGCGGUUGGGAGUGCUACUUCUACACCUGCGCCUGCGGGCUCUUCCUCUUCUGCUACGGCUCUAUCUGCCACGGUUCCACAGAUGGGUAUGAAGCCAGUAUCGCUCGAGAACCCGGGCGGGUAUGUGUCGUUUGAAGCUUAGAUUGAUGGAUGGAUAAAUGGAAUACACCGACGAAUUACCACUACUACUAUUCCAUCAUCUCUCCCCUUUCCCCGUUUCCUCCUUUCCUUUCCUAAAAAGGGUUUCAUUGGCGCGUGAAUAGUGUUUUAUUUCUUCCCCUUCUCUUAUCCCCUUCCUUCUCCUUCCUCUCUCACUUCUCGUGGCGGCGGUAUGCCACAUCACUUUUACUCAGUUAUCUCCUCCAUUCUCCUUUUUUUUCUUUCCUUCUUCAGAUUCAAUUCGCACCCCGACGCAACGCGGGUGGUGUAUCUAAUUUGUUGAAUGAACCUUUCCUUUUUUUCUUUUCUUUUCCUUUCAUGUCAUAACGGGAUAAGUAAGAAUGGAUGGAUGGCUUAUAUGGGUGGCAAGUAUGGCUUGAAAAAUUUAUUUCUCUCUCUAUUUGCACGUUUAUAAAACUGCAGUAGUUGGGUACAUUAUCGUGUGAGUGCUGUAUUUGAAAUAAUUAAAGCGAAUUCAAUGG